AUGGCUUCGCCGCUCGCGACGCCCUACGCGGCGCUCAAUCUGCUCGAAACGGGCGGCAAACUCGGCACGCCGUCGUACCCGCCGCACCACUCGAACCCCUGUGUCUACAGCUGGAGCAACCUGAGCUACUCGGUCGCGUGCCGCCCGAGCGCCGACGCCCCGGACGGCCGGAAGCCCAUCUUGAAGCGCGUGAGCGGGCGGUGCGCCCCGGGCGAACUCACGGCCAUUAUGGGGCCGUCCGGCUCCGGCAAGACGACGCUCGUGGACCUCUUGGCCGACCGCAUCAGCUCGGGCCAAGUCACGGGCGAUUUGGAGCUCAAUGGCGAGCCCCGCGUGAGCAAAACGUUCCGCGCCGUCACGAGUUACGUGGCGCAGGAAGACUCGCUCCUCGGGUCGUUCACGGUGCUCGAGACCAUGCGCAUGGCGGCCAAGCUCAGUCUCCCCCCGAGCGUCCGGUCCGAGCAGAUCAACAGCCGCGUGGACGACGUGCUCGAGGCCAUGGGACUCGCCACGUGCCGCCACACGCUCGUGGGCGACCUGUUCCGCAAGGGGCUGUCGGGUGGCCAGAAGCGGCGCCUGAGCAUCGCCAUGGAACUGCUGUCGAACCCGAGCGUGUUGAUCCUCGACGAGCCCACGAGCGGCCUCGACUCGAGCGCUACGCACAACGUCAUGAAGCUCAUUGUCAAGCUCUGUGCCGAGGGGAAGACAGUGUUGUGCACGAUCCACCAGCCGUCGUCGCUCGUGUACGACAUGUUCACGAACGUCGUCGUGCUGUCGGCGGGCGAGACAGUGUACUGCGGGCCGCGGCCGCAGAUGAUUUCACACUUUAGCGCCGCGGGCUACGACUGUCCGCAGUACAUGAACCCGGCCGAGUACUUUAUCAGCCUCGUGAACACGGACUUUGACGACCACGCCGACGUGCCGGCGCUCGUGCACGCGUACGCGCAGAGCGACCUCCGCAAGGACCUGAGCCAGCGCAUCGAGGGCGACCGCAAGAUGCUGCAGCACUUGCCCGACGUGCAGAAGCUGCUACCGUCGCCGUUGCGGCAGUUCCGUGUGCUCAUGUACCGCAACACGCUGAACAAUUUGCGGAACCCCGGCAUCUACUGGAUCCGGCUGUUCAUGUACUUCUGCCUGAGCUUCAUGGUCGGCACCAUGUACCUGAGCACGAACGACGACCUGAGCGCCGAAGACCUCGUGCCCAUGCUGUUCUACGUGCAGGCGUUCCUCGUGUUCAUGUCCGUGGCCGUGCUCCCGUUCUUCAUCGAGCAGCGCGCUGUGUUUGCUCGCGAGCGCGCCAACAGUUCGCUCAGCGUCGUGAGCUACGUGUGCGCCAACUUCUUGGCGACGCUGCCAGGCAUCUUCUUGAUCGCAGUCAUGUCGACGGCGCUCGUCGUGCUGCUCGCUGACUUGAACGCGAUCGAGUACUUUCUGCUGAAUCUGUUCUUGUCGCUCGUGGUGGCCGAGUCCAUGAUGCACGUGAUUGGCGCUGCCGUACCGCACUACAUCAUUGGCAUUGCCCUGGGCGCCGGUGUGUUUGGCAUGUUCAUGCUGUGCGAGGGCUUCAUGGUCCCUCGCGAGUCGAUCCCGAGCUACUGGAUUUGGGGCUACUACAUGGCGUUCCACUCGUACUCGUUCGAGUCGUUCGUGUUCAAGCAAUUCGAGAGCGAGACGUCGGCGGAAGCAAAGGCCAUUUUGACAAAGUACGGCAUGGAGAACGUGGACGUCACGCGGGACAUGCUGCUGCUUGUCGCCUACAUUGCGGGUUUUCAGUCCAUCUUCGCCUUUAUCCUGUGGAAAUUCCACACUGGCCGCCGCUGA